CUGCUGUUGAAGCGUGUCUAUCCCAGGGAAUUCGUAGACGUGUUCUAGGUUUAUUUAAAUCUGGUUCUACGACAGCUCUAUUACAUAAAGUUGCCAAGAAUUUUGAGCCGGCAGCGGUUAUCUCACAGAAAGUCCAAGAUAUUGAAAAUUCAGAUCCAAAUAGGCCGUCCUCCUCUAGUGGUGAAAGCACCAACCGGUCUUCCUUAAUUUUAUCCAACAGUAUUAGCGUGACGAAACCACCGCUUCAAAAGAAGAACUCUGCGAAUAGUGGUUUGUCGUCACAACCUCCCAGGUACCUCUGGAUCCGCCUCGCUUUAUUUGACAAAGUUUUAGCACGUAUCAUCGACCAUCUAGUUCAAAAUAGCAGUAAAUAUUACGAGAAAGACUCACUGAUUGCGGAUGAAGACUAUGGAUCAAUUCUAAGUUCUCUUUUAGUUGGACCCUGUGCUCUUGACUUCUCGAGAACGAAAACGCAAGACCACAUGUGGACCGACCCGCCAGCCGAUGAAUUAGUACAACGACAUAGGAUUUCUAGUGGUCAUUCUACACUGCCAGCAUGUAGAACGCCUCAUUUAAAU